GAUUGGUUUAAAGUUUGUUGUUGACGUUGAUUUUAAAGAAGGACACGCUUCUGAAAAAAAUAAAAAUAUAAAACGAAGAAGCUCAAAACUAAUAUAAGACAACGGAAGGAAGGUUCAAUUUCAAUCAGGAAACACUGCUUUGAUUAAUAUCAUUAUAGACGAAGUUUUUGUUUUUUAUAACUUAUUGGAUAAUAGGAAAUAAUACGUGAUGACGAACUCUCUCACCUUGUCAGGGUUGUGUUGUUUACUAUUUACAUUGAUAGUUUUUAACAUUUUAAGUUUGAAUGGACAGUGUAUUUCAAACACAUCACGGAUAUUUUUGUCAGACUUUAUGUACAAUAUAAGUGGGAAGGAAACUGUCACUUUAAAUAAACUACAAACUGUUUUAUAUAACACUAGUUUACAAUCAACCACAAAUAACACCAAAAAUUUUACUUCAUGUUCCAGUUUGAUGAACAAUGACGAGAGAAAAGAAUGUAUUUUAAAACAUUGUAUUUCCAUAGAAGAAGUAUUGAAACUUCACUCCAUUCCAUUAAACAGACCAUUAACAUUGGAAGAUGUCAACAACAUUGCUCCUGCUUUGUUGUUUCACAAGAUGUCCUGCCAGGGGGUGGUGCAUAAGAAAGAAGAAGAGGUUCAUAAAGUUGAGGCCCCAUCAGGACAAGUUUGGGGAUUUGGGUUCCUGUUUGUGACCAUUAUAAAUAUAUGCUCGUUAUCUGGAGCUGUUGUAUUACCAUGUAUGAAGAAGACAUUUUACCAGAAAGUCCUGAUUUUCAUGGUUGGCCUAGCUGUAGGGAGUUUAGCUGCCAAUGCACUUUUGGUCCUUAUUCCAGAGGCUUUAGGACUUAUGUAUACAGAAGACCAUGAGAUCAGAGACAACUAUAUAGUCAAAACUGCUACUGUAAUUGCUGGAGUUUACUUGUUUUUCCUCAUUGAAAGAUUUUUGAAAAUAGUUCUGAAAAUUAAACAGACACCAACACAUAGUCAUGGACAUGAAUAUUAUGGAGUUCCAAAUGAGCCAAAUGAAGAAGAGAACCAGUAUCCAAGUAUUAAACAAAAUACACCAGUGAAUGUUAACGCUAAAUACAAAAACACAAAUAAUUUACCAGUACACCUCCAUAUGAGUAAAUCAGAAUCCUCAUUCUCCAGUACUCGCCCAUUAGAGGAUAAAACUCCUAGCAUGGGAAGUUUUGACACACUAGAAGAUAAACUUGAUACAGAUGAACGCAGUUCCAAUAAUGGUGGGUUUCUAAAUGGUGAUGCCAAAAGGCCAGUAAAAAAGGUGAAAAAGGAAGUGGCUACUGUAGCUUGGAUGAUCAUAUUUGGAGAUGGUUUACAUAAUUUUAUAGAUGGUUUAACAAUAGGAGCAGCAUUUACAGAUAACAUACUGGCAGGGAUCAGUAUAUGUGUGUCUGUAUUCUGUGAGGAGUUACCACAUGAACUAGGUGAUUUUGCCAUCCUGUUGAAUUCAGGUAUGACCGUGAAGAAGGCUCUGAUGUAUAAUUUCCUAUCAGCAUGCAUGUGUUAUUUUGGUCUCAUUGUUGGUAUACUACUGGGAGAGAAUACAACAGCACAUGACUGGGUGUUUGCCAUAGCAGCUGGAAUGUUCCUGUAUAUAUCAUUGGUUGACAUGAUGCCAGAAAUGAAUAGCGCAGCAGAAUCGGAAGAAAAUAAAAAGAAUAUAGGUUCCUUUCAGAUCUUUAUUCUACAAAACGUGGGAUUGAUUUUAGGAUUCACUGUUAUAUUAAUAAUGUCUAUUUAUGGAGGAGAAAUUAACUUUACAGAGUAAAGAAGACACAUUUGAUUUCUGUUGAAAAACUGAAAGGGGAAAUUUGAUUAUUUAAAAUGAAGUAUAAAUUAAAUAAAGUAUAAAUUAAAACUAUGUGGAUGAAAGUUUAAGUGUGUUAUGUGGGAUAUAUGUUUUAUUUUAUUCAACGUUACUGUAUUAGUUAUAGAAAGGAGGAAUUUUUAUUAUAAUUCAUAACACUUUUGUAUUAAUAUAUUACAUUCAUGGAGUGGAAAGUGAAUUUAAAAGUGAAGUUGAAAAAAUGGAGAGGAAAAUCAUUUUUUGAUUAAUAAAAACAUUGUAAACAAAGUUUAAGAGUGUAAUGAGGGACAUAUAUUUUAUUUUAAUGAUACAUGAUUACUGUUUGAAACAGUUGUGUAAAGGAGGGAUAACUAUAGUUCAUCAUAUUUUUAUAUCUAUGAUUGUAUUAAAUUAAUGCCAAAUUAUUAUUUUCCAUACAUCAAGUUUUUAGAUUAUGAAUAUGAAAGAGCUUUCCCGUGAUAUUUGAAAUUUCUUUUAAGACAAUUAAAGGAAGAAUGUUUGGCUCUCGCAAUUCACUAACAGCUUCCUAUUCACAGCUUUAAGGUUAUUAUAUAUCAAGCUGGGGUUUUUCAUUUUUAUAAAAUAAUUUGUAUGAGGAAUUUGGGCAUCAAUCCAAUAAGUUAAAUUAUAACUUUUUUUUUUUUUUUUCAUAUUGAAAAAUAAGGAGAGUUUAUGUAUACUAUUAAUUAACAUUAUCUGGAAUGCAACUGAUAUGUGGGACUUUUAUCUGUCUAAUAUUUGCAGUAAGUAAUUAUAACAAUAAAUUAGUCAAUUUUUUUAAAUGAAACAAUUUCUUCCAUUUAACCUAGGAAUUAAAAAGAUGUAAAAUAAUCUAUUUAAUAAUUUAACAAGGUGCUUUAGAAAAUUAUGCUUGAAAUAUUAUGAACUGUAUAAAAUUGUCGGAAAAAGGUCAGUUCUAGUUAACUCCAGUCAAGUCCUGUAAAUUAUAUAUAUUUUUAAUACACUGAUCAGUUUACACUUGAAAUUCUAGAGGUUUUAUAGCCUAUUGUGUUUUGCUUAUUAGAUAUUCACAACAUAGACUAAUUUACAGAGGUAUUUUGAAUUUAAUUAUUUGUGUACUGAUUUUAUUUUACAUGAAAUCAUCAUUUUCAUUCACUCAUAACUCAUAAGACAAUCAUUGUAUAAAGUUUGUUGAAAUUUAUCUAAGCAUUGAUUGAAUCAAAAGUUGAAUAAAAAAAAAUAUAUCUUGGAAGGAAACAGAUUGGAUUGAGUGAUGUAUUCAUCUACAAGGUCCGUUUGAUAUAGAAUUUUCUUGAAACUCACUUCAAAAAGCCUUAAUCUGCUUUACUGCAUUUAGGAGUUAGAGCAAAUCCUGUUCAUCUUUUGUGUCUGAAUAGCAUAACAUGUCAUCCUGUGGACUAUUACUUCCUGUUAAACACCUUAUCACUAUUUAGUUCAAUCUGGGAAAAAACAGUCAUUUAUAUAACUUCCUGUUUGGGUCAGGCCGCCGAAAAAUAGAGGUCAUCAGUAGUGAGCUGAGGGAGAAAAAACUUAAGAAAGUGAUUAUUAAGAAACUUUGAUAGAGUAUGAUCCAUUUUUUCUAAACUAAAAUUGAAGUAAAAAAAUAUUUUGUUUGAAGUAUUUACGUUAGUUUAAACAGGUCUUAUUAAAAAGUAGCAUGCAUGGUGAAUUGUUUAAACAGGGUCCCAGAUAGCUUCAACAGGAUGAAUAAGUUGUGUAAUUUUAGAACUUGUCCGGAAUGGAGUAAAUAGCAAUUAGGUGUAUUGGUCUCAGUAUGACUGUGUUGGUCUAGUACAAAGCAGGGUUCAUAUUCAUAUUGCAUUAUCAUAUUUUAGUCUUGAAUGUGCAUUUAGUUUGUCACUGUACAUUCAACAUGAUAUUGAUUGCAAAUUGUAUGCUUAAUAUAUAUUUUCAUGUUCUACAUGUUUUAUAAGUUUUAAAGUCAAGUACAUUUUAAUCCAUAACUAUAUGUCAAAGACAUUAAAUGUUUGUGCUGAACAUUAUGAUUUCAAAAAUAUAUUGCAUAUCAACACAGAAAAUAAUGCAUUUAUUAAGAUCUCAAACUUCUGUUACACAAAAUUCAGAUUUUAAAUGAUUUGAUGUGUCAAAUUCAUGUGAUUUUUAACAAAGUCUAGUUAAAAAAGGUUUUACACCAGUGUUGUAAUUGUAUUUGUUGUGAUGUGCAUAUGUGUCAUGAAAUAAGGUGAAUAACUUCAAGAGAGUCAUAACAAAACAUUUUCCUGUAUAAUUUAUGUCUCUAUGAUUAAUCUAGUCUUUUUAAAAAUACAUAUAUUUGUUAUACUGAACAAAAGCAUAUCCAUGGUUUUUAGAUAUAUGAUUUAAUAUAAAUAUAAUGCUGCAGACUGAUAUAUAUAUUUUUUUGUAUAAACUUUAAGGAUAAAAUUAAUGGACUUAACAUUUUUGCAUGUACAUGUAUUAUUAUAUUAAUAUAUUUCAUAUAUAGGGUAAAAAUUAAUUGUUGGUUUAUGUUAUUGAUUCUUUCUAUCUUGCAUGACUAAAUCGAGUAAAUUUACAAAAACAAGUCUCAAACGGAUAAAUUAUACAUUUUGUUUUAAUAAGUAAAUUCACAAAAACAAUUUUCAAACGGAUAUACAUGUUGUUGUACUUUAAUAUAUACAGAAUAAUAAGUAGUUUGGAACCGGUUGUUUUGCCUUCAAAUUAGUAUAUUGCAAACACAGGUUGUAUUUCAGAACACAUUUAUUUCCUUAAAAUUUCCUGAAUAAGUCUUUAAACAGUAUGUAAAUAAGAUAAAUUCAAUAAACAAAUAUAGAAAGUACUGUGUAAUUAGUAAAUAUAGGUAAGUAACAUAUUAGGUAUUUGUAUACAUAGCUUGAACCAUGCAUUUUGUUAGUAUGCAGGGGCGUAGCUAGAAAGAAGCAACGUGGAAGCAACUUCCGCCGAGUGGAGCGAUGCGAAAAAAAUUUGGGACCCUAUUUUGCAGAAAAAUGGUUUUUUUUUCGGUUUUUGGUCAUAGGACAGCUAAAAGAGGAGCUACAUUUAUAUGUAGAUAAAAAUUUAUGAAUGUAAAACUAUUAAUAAAUCUUCUGAAUAGAGUAAUUAAUAAACAACUCAUAUUUUUGAUAAGAAUUUACUCAAAAUUGUCCAAAAUCUGCUCUUUGGGUCUGGGAAGAAAGAAACUUCUCUAUUACUUUGUCAAUAUUCACAUUGAAAUUCUGAUGAAUAUGCAGUAAUGCUAUGUAACUGUCGUUGUUCAUUGUUGAUCGUACAUUUGUUUUCAAUUACAUAUGUAGUACCGUGAGUGAAAGAUCUCCAUCAUGGCAUGGUAUAGUACUCGCGAGAUGUUAUACACUAGUGUAAGUGUCCGGCAUCGAGCGACCUUUCCAAUUGAAUUCGUCAAAAUUACAUGCCAGGUCAGUUUCGUAUGUCUCAGACAAUAUUGAGAUUUGCUCGUUUGUGAUAUUUCCUACAUUAUGAUGAAGCAGAUACAGCGCAAAGAAGAUAAGACUUGAAGCGAAUCCUCUUUCCAGUUCCCUUAUCAUGGUAUAAAAACGCAAAAAAUAAUAAGAAUUUCCAAUACUGUUUUGGAGUGGUGGCAGGGUGAUUGGCUCCGGUAGUCUGUUGACCACUUCGCCUCGGCAUAUUUUCAAUGAUAUCGAAGGGAUCUAAUAAUUCUAAUGCCGAUUGGUACAUCUCAUUCCAAACUGAUGAACUGUACACUGAGAAAUAUUCUCCAAAACUACAUGUCUUAGACUGAGUAUUAUAAAUUCAAAUCUUGUAAAAAAUACAAGUUACCUCCUGAUCUUGUCAUUUUUUUUAUUUUGAAACCAAAGGUCGUUAUUUAAUGAUAUUUCAUUAAUUAAAAAGGUGACAACAUAGUUGUUUCCUUUAACAUUCAAUUUAUAAAUUUUGAUUUUGCCAUUUCUUUUUUGCAUGCCGAAUCAAUGUACAUGCAACUGUGUGUAAGUGUAUAUGAAGCCAUAAUCUUUUUCUGCAUGACUCGAACAGCUUCAUCAACACUUGUAACUAUAGGUUGUCAAACUAAUAUCCGGGACACCAACAGUCUCCGACGUUAAACAAAUAUUAUAAUCAUAAUAGUCUCAGAUAAUACAUAUGCAUCAUGCUGUCCGAUUCCGAUUGACAACUCUUUUCUCUCUCUCUCUUCAUUUUUGUUUUGUUUGUGAAAACGACGUGGAUGCACGUACUGUCGUGCCUCCGGGUAGCUACGCCCCUGGUAUGUUUAGUUAGAAAGAUGAUUUGAUUAUAAUUUGUGUAGUAAAGGGGAUGAAUAAUGUUCAAGGUUUUGUCUAAUGUUUAUUUUUUUAAAUUCAUCAUCAAACAAAAUAGAUGUUUAUGUAGAACCCAUGUCAGUUAAUAUAAGAUUGUAGUUAUAAGCAGUUUUAUUGAUUUUAAGCAUUUGUAUAUUGAAAGCAUUUCUGAUGUGGUGUUUUAUGAUUUUUUGUAUUUUGUUUAUUUAAUGUAUUGUAAAAAAGUCUAUGCUUGAUAGAAUCAGUUAAUUUUACAACAUACUUGUUUAUAAGAAGUCCCUAAGUCAAAGUAUACCUCAGAUAAAUUUGUCUAUCAUUUUAAGGUCUCUUAGUUCAUAAAUCCUCUAAUUUGCAACUUAUUUUUACAUUCAUUUCAAAUAUUUAUGUUUUUAAGGUUUCUGAUGUAGGUGAAUCCAGAAAAAUGCUGUGAAGGCAUGAAAUUUAUAAACUGCUCAUUCUCAUUCAUGAGACAGAUUUCUGUAAACAUCACACAUCAUUUUGUAAUAAUCUUUUUCAGGUUCACUCUAAAAGAAAGCAUGCUUAGCCAAAUAAAUAAUCAAUUUAGAAGGGAUGUUCCAAAUUUAAUUGUAGUUGGGGUCAGAAAGAUUUAGAUUAAACUGCAAUUCUUAAAUUUGGCCCCUCUCCCACCCCACCCCCAUCUCUCUCUUUUUUCAAUUACAUCUUGAGCAGCACAAUCAAAAUCUUCUUUUAAGGCCUUUCCUGCUUCUGGGAGGUAAAACCUUAUGUAAUGAACAUUUAUAUCAUCUAUUUCUAAUUUAGUUUUAUCAUAAAGAUCAUUUCAAGAAAAUGCAUGAAUAGGACCCAUCUGACAGUUGAAGGGCUAGAUUAAAGACAUUACUUUUAUCACUAAUCUAACUACUUCUCAAACUAAAAUGUUCUCCACUUUUUUUGUAUGUAAUCUUUUUUUUCUUCAAAUCUGUCUAUUGAUAAUGUUACGCUUGCAUUUGAAAUCACAUGACAUUUUCAUUGACAGACCAUAUUUUUCUAUUGAAAGAAUGGUAUCAACCCCUUGAAAGAGGUGUGUUUUGUUUUGUUUGUUUUAUAUGAUUAUUUGUGUGUUGUUUAACUGUUUUGUUAUGCAAAUUAUUCAGCAUAGAAUUGUUCUUCUUUUCAGAAUCUAGAGGACUAUGGAUAAUCUCAUUGUUCGUACACCAAAAUUAAAAUAACAUCACAUCAUUGGUUAA